UUUUGCCCGGGCGACCUCCCCGCGCGAGUAGGCGAUCUCGGCCCGGACCUCAAGCUCCCACUCAUCGCGGAGCGCAACGUGUCCAUCUCGCGCGACCACGGCGUACCCAUCGAGGACGAGGGCAUCGCUCUUCGUCGUCAACCCCAAGGGCAUCAUCAGGUACGUCCGCAGCGGGCCGAUCGCGCUCAACGACCUCGCCGUCCGCCGCUCAGUCGAGGAAACGAUCCGGCGAUCCGGCUCGUGAAGACGUUCCAGUCCACGGACGAGCACGGCGAGAUGUGCCCUGCGAACUGA